AUGGCGUCUAAAAUCUAUUGGCAGAGAGGAUAUCAAAUUCUUCUAUAAAACUAGAUUAGAAAUCAUUUUAUGAUUGAACACCAACCAAAGGCUAAUAAAAAAGAAAAAUAUAAAGGCUUUACUGAGAGAUUACAACUGAUAAAUGAUAAAAUGAAACAUUAAAGAUUAUCAAAGCAAAGAUAAAGUCUACAAACAAUUGAUGAUGAAUCAAAUAAAUCAGUACUUGCUUCUGAGUAAAAGAAAAACUAUUUUAACAAAAAUAUGAUUAAUAGGCAAAGAACGAAAAAUGAUUAGAAUCAGUCAAUUUCAGACAAAAUAAAAGAAAUCAUCAAGCACUAAGCUAGUCUUUUUAUGGUGAGUAAUAAGAUGCUAGUGAAAGAUAUGGACAUCUCAAGAGAUAUGCUGGAGACAGUAACCAUAAAUAAAUAAGAAAUGAAUGAUUUAGAUCAAGCCAAGAGAGAGUACUUCAGUAGAAUAGAAUUCGAGAGAAAGUAUGCCUUUUUUUACUUUAAAUAAAGAGAUUCUAAACAAUGUUAUCAUCAUUUGGAUGAGAUAAUUACUUUGGCUAAGUAUGCUUACGACAUUGAGCUAUUAAAAAGAACUCUUGAUAUAUAGUCUUAAGUUGCUCUUUAUUUUGACGAAUUUAAUAAGGCCAAGGAAAUAUUUAAGAUCCUUAGGAAUAUUGCUAAUGAUGAAAGCGAUAUGAAAAAUAAAAUGCAAGCCUAUUAUAACAUGGGGAAAUGCUACAGUCAACUUAAAGACUAUGAAAAUGCGAUUAAAUGUUUCAAAAAGAUAUUAGAAAUUUGUUGGAGAAUCGAUGAUAUUGGUUGGGAAGUAAGAGCAUAUGAGUAGUUAGGCAUUCAGAAUUACUAUUUAGGAGAAUUAAUGAAAUCCUAGUAAUAUAAUGACAGAGCAAUGAGAGGAAAGUUUGAGAAAAAAGAAUCUAAAAUUAGAGAUCUUUACAGUGGUCUUGGGUCAAACAGAAAUCUAAGUACAGAUUCUUACAAGGAAUCAUUUAAAAAGAUCAAAAACAUAAUAGAUUAGUUUGAUUCAAUAAAAAUUGAAUAGCAUGAUAUUGAUGUUUAGAAUAGGAUAAUCAAAGCACAUUUAGGCAUAUAAAAUCUAAGGAAAGCAGUAGAUUUCUAUAGAAAUGGAAUUUAUCAGAAUUAAAACCCUUUAUAGAUAAGAGAUGGUUCACCUUUGAGUAAUGUAUCAUUGAGUUUGCUACCCUCACCAAGAAUGCAAACAGAAAACAAUAAAAUGAAAAAUGCAUAGCUCUUGCCAUUCUUUGACGGAGACUCUAAAUCUGCCUUAACCUAAAGGUAGGUGUAUGAGCUUAAAGUAGCCAAGAGACAAACUAAGAAAAAUUAAAAUGUGAGUAUAAAUCUGGAACAAAUAGCAUAUAACUUAAACAAGGAUUAGACUAAUGAUUUGACACCAAUGUAAUAAAAAGCUAAAUAGAAAUACAGUUUAAAAAUUCUUGAAGAGACGAUUGAGAAUAGACCUAAAAAGCCUAAAGCUUUGAAGAAUCCUCAUUGUAAAUCAUAGGUAGAUAUGGGAUAAAUCGUGAGAUAAGCUAAGAUAAACGGAGCUAAAAAGUCACCUCUAAGAUUGAUAAAUCAUCUUAGUCCUAGUAGAAACAUUAGAAACUUCAAAGAAAACGAGGACUUAAAAUCAGUGAAUGCUGUUCAGACAUUUUAGGAAUUAGAGGAUGGAAUCAAGGCGAAAAUAACCUUCGCAGAAAAUAAUCUAUUGAAGAUUGAUGACUUAAACGAUGAUCAAUUGAUUAGGUUACUUACUUAGGAGAGGUAAAACAAUCAGCAUGAUAGGAGAGGAAAUCUAUAAAUCUAAAAGCUACUAAGAUAACUGACAAAAAGAAAAGUCUCAAAUUUUUAAAAUUCUGAGACUUAAAGCUAGGUAGGUGGAUACCAGCCAAAAAAUUAUUAAAAUCAUAAUAACUAGAACAAACCUUUAACUAUUGAUGUCAAAGUAUUGGCUACAAUAAAACAUCCACAAAAUCCAAGAAUUAAGAAAUAUAAUGACUAAUUAAAUCAGGCUAUUGCUUUAACUUUAUCUUCCAUUAACUUUAGGAAAAGUUCAUUUGAAACAAGCAACUAUCACACUCCUAAUAGUGUCUAGCAAGAGAAGUUUACAAGUAAAAAUGCUAAAUAUGGCUCAGGAAAGAAGUGA